AUGCUCUUAGUAACUGAACUACUGACAGUUCCACAGUUUGACUCUCAAAGAUUUCUUCGAAUAUUCGCUGCAAAAGAAUUUCCGGAAGAAGAAGCUAGACAAUGGGUGGCCGAUCAUCUUAUUUUUUCGAUCAAGAUUGCCAUUGCAUAUAUUAUUGUUAUUUUUGGAACAAAGCGUUUUAUGCGGGAUAGGGAGCCAUUUGACCUCUAUUUACCGUUAAACAUAUGGAAUGCUCUUCUUGCGGCUUUUAGCAUCGCAGGCACUAUGACACUUCUUCCAGAAUUUGUACAUACUGUUCGCUCAAAAGGCUUUAAAGCGUCAUACUGUAAUGUUUAUGGAUUCACUAAAGGUGUAGUUGGUUUCUGGAACUGGCUGUUUACUAUUUCGAAGCUCUGCGAAUUAUUUGAUACUGUCUUCGUGGUUUUACGCAAAAAACCACUGAUGUUUUUGCACUGGUAUCAUCAUAUUUUAACGUUAUUCUAUGUUUUUUAUUCGUAUCCGCGCCCAACUGGUUUUAGCCGAUGGGGAGUGAAUAUGAAUUACUUUGUGCAUGCAGUCAUGUAUAGUUACUACUUUUUACGUUCAAUGAAGAUGCGGCUGCCCGGUUUGUUUGCGAAAUUCGUUACUAGUCUUCAGAUCUUACAAUUUAUUAUCAGCGUCACUCACUUAGCUUACUUGGGUUACUGUAUUUACAGUCGGGAGAUAAAAUGCGACUUCGAUGAAAGCGUUUACAUACUUGCAUGCUUUAUGAACAUCACUUACCUCGCUCUUUUCAUUAAUUUCUUUUUGAAAUCUUAUAUAGUCGGCGGAGGAAAGGCGAAAUAUAGAUCGAACGGUUUACUCAAAAAACUGGCCUAA